AUGAAAAAAUUAAUACCAGCCAUUUUAUCAGAUAUAGACGGAGUUUUAGUAAGAGGAAAAAAUCCAAUUCCAAGAACUUAAUAUGCUUUAAAUUAUAUAAGAUAAUCAUUAAAAAAGAUAUAUAAAAAUACAUAAACCCCCUAUAUAGAUAAUGAAAAUAUUCCAUUUUUAUGUUUAACAAACGGUGGGGGUAUACUUGAAUAGGAAAAAGCUGAUUAAUUGAAUGAUAUAUUAAAAUUAAAAGAUAAUAAAUUAGAUUAUAGUAAUAUUAUAUUAAAUUAUACUCCUUUACGUCCUAUAUUAAGCUAAUAUAGCGAUAAAUUUAUAAUAUUAGGAGGCAAAGGUAAAUUAAUCGAAAUAGCGGAAAGUUGUGGAUUAAAGUAAUUUUUGACUAUUGAAGAAUUCGCUUCAAUUUACCCAAAAUAUUUUUAAGAAAGAUAAAGAAUUUAACAAUUUAAAGCUUUUGAAAUAGCAAAAUAAAGAUUUUAGUAAACCAAUUCUGAAAUAUUUUUACACAUACCACCUGCAGUACAUGGAAUUUUUAUACUUAAUGAUCCUUUGUUUUGGGAAGAUAAUAUUUAAUUAAUAUUAAACUAUACUGUAAAAGCUAAUAAAUUGCCUAUUCCUUUAUAUGUAGUUAAUAAUGAUUUAACUUAUGCUGAUUCUUUUCGAUUAAAUAGAUUGGCUUUUGGAGCCUUUAGUAUAGCAGUUAUUUCUAUAGCAGAAAAAAUUUAUAAUAGAAAUAUUUAAAUGUAGGUUUAUGGAAAACCUUCAUUUUAAACUUACGAUUAUGCAAAAAAAAAACUAUAAAAUAUGAGUUAAUCGUAAAUUGGAAAUAUUUAUAUGAUAGGAGAUAAUCCAAAAAGUGAUAUAAAGGGUGGAAAUGAAAAUGGAUGUAUUACUAUUCUAAAGCGGUGUUUUUUAAAAAGUGAUAAUGAUUAUGAAAAUCCAGGAAACUAUGUAGUUGAUGAUUUUUAUGAAGCUAUAUAGAAAAUAUGUGAAUUGGAAAAUAUUCCUUUUUAACCUUUAAUGUGA